CGGCUCCUCCAGGCCGGGCCGCCAUUUUGUGUGAAUUUCUGACUGCGGCGGGGGCCGAGCAGCCGGGGCACCUAGGGCGGGCAGACAGACAAGACAGUCGGCCCGUCUCCGCGGCCCGUUUCCUCCCUCCCUAAAAUCCUUUUUUUUAACCCCCCCUCGCUCGCUCUCCUCUUCUCCCCUCCCCCCUCGCUUGCUCCAUCGCGCGCGGCCCGCGCUAAUUACACCCAACCACCCACCAGUGUCCGUGUCUCCCGGGUCCCCCACCUCCGGGCCCGCGGGGGAGGUGUGUGUGGGGGCUCUCGCCCCGAUGAGGGCCCCGCGCCCGUGAGCGAGUGACCCCGGGGGCGGGCUGCGGAGAAAGGCGGCGAGCGGCCCGCCGAGGCCUAGGCCGCGCGGCCUACGCGGAGGUCGGCGCAGAGGAACUAUGGAGGCCGCGCCCGGGACCCCCCCGCCGCCACCAUCAGAGUCGCCGCAGCCGCCAUCGCCGCCGCCGCCAUCAACGCCUUCGCCUCCUCCGUGUUCCCCCGACGCCUGCCCGGCCACCCCGCACCUCCUCCACCACCGCCUCCCGCUCCCUGACGACAGGGAAGAUGGUGAGUUGGAAGAAGGUGAACUGGAGGAUGAUGGGGCCGAGGAGACCCAGGACACCUCCGGAGGGCCCGAGAGGAGCCGGAAGGAAAAGGGGGAGAAGCACCAUAGCGAUUCGGACGAGGAGAAGUCUCACCGGAGACUGAAGCGGAAGCGGAAGAAAGAGAGGGAGAAGGAGAAGAGGAGGUCGAAGAAGAGGAGGAAAUCCAAGCACAAACGCCACGCUUCUUCCAGUGAUGACUUCUCGGACUUUUCAGAUGACUCGGAUUUCAGCCCCAGCGAGAAGGGGCACCGCAAGUACAGAGAGUACAGCCCCCCGUAUGCACCGUCCCACCAGCAGUACCCCCCGUCGCACACUACGUCCCUGCCCAAGAAGGCCUACUCCAAGAUGGACAGCAAAGGCUACGGCAUGUACGAAGACUACGAGAACGAGCAGUACGGGGAGUACGAGGGCGACGAGGAGGAGGAUAUGGGCAAGGAGGACUACGACGACUUCGCCAAAGAGCUGAACCAGUACCGGCGCGCCAAGGAGGGCAGCGGCCGGGGCCGAGGCAGCCGAGGCCGUGGCAGGGGCUACCGGGGCCGAGGCAGCCGCGGAGGAUCUCGAGGCCGAGGCAUGGGCAGGGGCAGCCGUGGAAGGGGCAGGGGCUCCGUGGGAGACCACCCGGAGGACGAAGAAGACUUCUACGAGGAAGAGAUGGAAUAUGGAGAAAGUGAGGAGCCGAUGGGAGAUGAGGACUAUGACGAGUACUCCAAGGAACUGAGCCAGUACCGCCGGUCCAAAGAUAGCCGAGGACGAGGGUUAAAUCGAGGCCGUGGCCGGGGUUCCCGAGGUCGAGGGAAAGGGAUGGGCCGGGGUCGCGGCCGAGGUGGCAGCCGAGGAGGGAUGAACAAGGGCGGAAUGAAUGACGACGAAGACUUCUAUGACGAGGACAUGGGCGAUGGUGGCGGGAGCUACCGGAGGAGCGACCAUGACAAGCCCCACCAGCAGUCCGACAAGAAAGGCAAAGUCAUCUGCAAAUACUUCGUGGAGGGGCGGUGUACGUGGGGAGACCACUGUAAUUUUAGCCACGACAUCGAGCUACCAAAGAAGCGCGAGCUGUGCAAAUUUUACAUCACCGGCUUUUGUGCCAGAGCCGAGAACUGCCCCUACAUGCACGGUGAUUUCCCAUGUAAGUUGUACCACACGACGGGGAACUGCAUCAACGGGGACGACUGCAUGUUCUCCCACGACCCCCUGACCGAGGAGACGAGAGAGCUCUUGGAUAAGAUGUUGGCUGAUGACGCAGAGGCGGGCGCUGAGGACGAGAAGGAAGUGGAGGAACUGAAGAAGCAGGGCAUCAACCCCCUGCCCAAACCCCCCCCUGGUGUGGGCCUCCUGCCCACCCCUCCUCGGCCCCCCGGCCCCCCGGCCCCGACCUCUCCCAACGGCAGGCCCAUGCAGGGCGGCCCCCCGCCCCCGCCCCCACCUCCCCCUCCGCCUCCCGGGCCCCCCCAGAUGCCCAUGCCUGUGCACGAGCCGCUGUCCCCACAGCAGCUGCAGCAGCAGCAGGACAUGUACAACAAGAAGAUCCCCUCCUUGUUUGAGAUCGUGGUGCGGCCCACAGGACAGCUGGCUGAGAAGCUGGGCGUGAGGUUCCCUGGACCCGGAGGACCCCCGGGGCCAAUGGGCCCCGGGCCCAACAUGGGCCCCCCGGGGCCCAUGGGGGGCCCAAUGCAUCCCGACAUGCAUCCCGACAUGCACCCGGACAUGCACCCUGAUAUGCACCCCGACAUGCACCCCGACAUGCCGAUGGGUCCUGGCAUGAACCCUGGCCCGCCCAUGGGCCCCGGUGGCCCCCCAAUGAUGCCCUAUGGUCCUGGAGACUCCCCACACUCUGGAAUGAUGCCCCCCAUCCCGCCAUCUCAGAACUUCUAUGAAAACUUUUACCAGCAGCCCGAGGGCAUGGAGACGGAACCCGGACUCAUCGGGGACGCAGAGGACUACGGGCACUACGAAGAGCUGCCGGGGGAGCCUGGGGAGCACCUCUUCCCCGAGCACCCUCUGGAGCCCGACAGCUUCUCUGAGGGAGGGCCCCCAGGCCGGCCGAAGCCGGGCGCCGGUGUCCCCGACUUCCUGCCCUCAGCCCAGAGGGCCCUGUACCUGAGGAUCCAGCAGAAGCAGCAGGAGGAGGAGGAGAGAGCGAGGAGGCUGGCUGAGAGCAGCAAGCAGGACCGGGAGAAUGAGGAAGGUGACACCGGAAACUGGUACUCAAGUGAUGAGGAUGAGGGCGGGAGCAGCGUCACCUCCAUUCUUAAGACCCUGAGACAGCAGACGUCCAGCAGACCCCAGGCUUCCGUCGGGGACCUGAGCAACAGCGGGCUGGGGGAUCCCCGCCUCCAGAAAGGACACCCCACGGGAGGCCGGCUGGCCGACCCUCGCCUCAGCCGGGACCCCAGACUCACCCGCCAUGCCGAGGCUUCCAGCGGGUCUGGCCCAGGAGACGUGGGGCCCUCCGACCCUCGGCUGGCUCGCUCCCUGCCCAACCCAAAGCCCGAAGGCGGCCUUCAUUCCAGCCCUGCAGGCCCCAGCGGCUCCAAAGGGUCUGGACCACCCCCUGCAGAAGAGGAGGAAGGGGAGCGGGCCCUGCGGGAGAAGGCCAUGACCAUUCCCCUGGACCCUCUCCCUGGGCCCCCGUUGCGGGACCCACGGUCACAGCUGCAGCAGUUCAGCCACAUCAAGAAGGACGUGACCCUGAGCAAGCCGAGCUUCGCCCGCACUGUGCUCUGGAAUCCUGAGGACCUGAUCCCCCUGCCCAUCCCCAAGCAGGACGCGGUGCCCCCCGUCCCCGCAGCCCUGCAGUCCAUGCCCACCCUGGAUCCCAGGCUGCACCGUGGCGCUGCCACGGGACCUCCCAACCCCCGACAGCGCCUGGGCGCCUCCACAGACCCCAGCGCGUCCAGCUCCAACCUGCCCGACUUCGAGCUCCUCUCUCGCAUCCUUAAGACUGUUAAUGCCACCGGCCCCUCGGCGGCCCCUGGCUCCAGCGACAAGCCCAGUGACCCCCGGGUGCGGAAGGCACCUACCGACCCUCGGCUCCAGAAACCGGCAGACUCUGCUGCCUCCUCCCGGGCUGCCAAGCCCGGCCCCGCCGAAGCACCCUCUCCAGCCGCCAGCCCCAGCGGGGAGUCCUCCCCACCAGCCACCGCCCCCUAUGACCCCCGAGUGCUGGCUGCCGGCGGGCUGGGCCAGGGCAGCGGGGGUGGGCAGAGCAGCGUGCUGAGUGGCAUCAGCCUCUACGACCCCAGGACUCCCAACGCAGGUGGCAAAACUGCGGAGCCAGCCGCCGAUGCGGGCACCCAGCCCAAAGGCCCUGAGGGCAAUGGCAAGAGCUCGGCCGCCAAGGCCAAGGAGCCCCCAUUCGUCCGCAAGUCCGCCCUGGAACAGCCUGAGUCCGGGAAGCCCGGUGCAGACGGGGGCACUGCCACAGCCACAGACCGAUACAACAGUUACAACCGCCCCCGGCCCAAGGCCUCCGCGGCCCCCACCGCCACACCGGGUGCCCCGCCACCAGAGGGCGCCCCGCCCCAGCCUGGCGUGCACAACCUGCCCGUGCCCACCCUCUUUGGGACUGUGAAACAGACGCCCAAGACGGGCUCUGGAAGCCCAUUUGCUGGCAACAGCCCAGCCCGCGAGGGCGAGCAGGACGCGGGGUCCCUGAAAGAUGUUUUUAAAGGCUUUGACCCCACUGCCUCCCCGUUUUGCCAGUAGUGUUAAGCUGGAGUCAAGCGCUCCCCGCACCCCACCCUUCCCAGGGCAAUAUUUAAGGGUAGCAACCAGAGUUGGGAACUUGGGGGGAGGGGGGCUCUGGGUGGUUCCCCCCCCCUUUUUUUUCUCUCCCUCCCCUCUUCUCUCUUUCUUUUUUAAUAGUACUUUCUUUGCAACAUAUAAAUUGUAUAUAACCAUUUUCAGUCAGUUCUGGUCAGUGCUGCGGGGCUCCCAGGCUCCCGCCAAGGAAACCUACUUGUGCACAUGAACAGUUGGAAGUCCCCGGGGCCUCAGCCCCAGCGGGCCCUUCCUCUGGCCAGGCUCAGUUAUCAGGGACUCUCUGAAGGCUGGAGCCCCAGUCUGGUGGCUGGAGGUCCAGUGGGUUUUCUGGGCAAAGCUGGGCCCGUCCUCCUCCCCACCCGCCCCCCCCCCCCCCCAGCCCACACCCGAGGACAAAGGGAACAGUAGGUGUCAGAAGGCACUGAACGCUGCUCACCCCGUGUGAGCGAGGAGAGAUGAAGCCGAGACCGUGGGCAGACCCUGCGUCGAAGCAGGUCCAGGCAUUUCUAGAACCCCAUCCCCUCUGCAGUGGGCCGGCCCCAACGACCCGCUUCAGGGGCCCGAGGAAGGAAAGAAUUUGAAAGAAAGGCAGAGAGCCCUUGGAAGCUGUCUGAGCUGGGAGAGGCACAGCCAUUUCUGCUCCCGUCUCCUGUGGAUUCGCACACCGGCUUCCCUGCUGCCCUCCGUCCAGAGUUCGUCCUCAGACCUGUGCCCUCCGCCCACAUCAGAAGACUCCAGGGUGAGAGACGAACCUGGAGACGGCAGGGCUGGUGUGGGGCGGCAUCCCCCAAAAGCUGCCUCCAGGAGGCAGCCUCCGCAGACCGCGUGUUUUCUGUCAGUAUUAGCUCUCGUUUUGUCCCGUCGCGGCCACGCCGUCCUCCCCUCAGCCCGGGGUCUUUCCUGGUCCCCCGAAGCCAGAGCACCCAGUGUGCCGGCCCCAGCCCCUCUGGGGACAGCUCAAGGAUCCGUGGCAUGGCCGCUCCGCCAGGCUCCCGACAAGAGCCCCGGGGGGUUCUUGCAAAGUGUUUCUGUUCUCCGCUUGCUUUGAACCUCCUCCCACCGCGUCUGAUGUAGGGCCCGUGGUUUUAGUGUGUUUUUCUUCCCAGCUAACAGGUGCACGGGUUCAGAGGUAUGUCACAGUGUUGGAUCUGGGGGGCUUGAGGAAAGGGCAGGAGACUAGCCAGGGCAGGGUGGGGGGCCGCUGGGCCUUCUCUAGGAGAGAACCGGCAGGACCCCCGCUUGCAGGUGGAGGGCGUGGAACCAGAAGCCUGCAUCCUGCUCCCCUCCUCCGGCUGAGCCGGGAUGGGAGCAGAGACAUCUGCGCUGGACUCCCCCCACCUGCCCCAGGCCCCUGGCUGAGGUCCAGCCCCAUCCACAGAGCUCCAGAAAAGGCUCACCCUGUGGAUGGGACCUGGGGAGGCCGGUCCAUGGCUCCGGGGUCCUUCCUACCUGUGCAUAAGCAGGUGCUGGCCAUCUCUUGCCUUGCUCUUGUCCCAUCACCCCAACUGCCUUGCUAAAGGCCGCCAUCUCUUUCUUGCUAAUAAUGAAGAAAACUGGUGAUCCAGCCGGAGGGUUCCCCUCCCACCUCCUUGGGGUGGGAGGUGAAUGAGGCUCCUGUACCAAACCCCUCUCCCCCGGAAGAAAAACUGUCCAGUUUGGGGCCAGAAGCACGGGUGGGAAGAGGCAGCCCGCAGGGUCAGUGCGCCGUGAUCAGGUUGGUUUGGUUCGUCUCUGUCUAUUUCGUUUUGUGGUUUUUAAACAAUCAUUAGUGAGAUUUUUCUUCAGCCACCGGUGUUGGCCUUGAAGCAAAGGGCUGCAGCCCUUGAUGUUUGUGAAAUAAGUAAAGAUACACAGUGUGGCUGUGGGUUUUUUUGUUUUUUGUCUUUUUUUUCCUUCUCUCUCUCCCUCCUUUGAGAAUUUUCUUUUGUAAAAGCAAAAUUAAAUACUUUUUUAAAACCGAAAUCUGUGGAUGAAAUAGAAGCUGGAACCCUCCUCUAGGAAUAUUCAGCCUAAGAACCUCACGGGACUAUGAAUUCCCCCCAAAAUUUUCAUUUUGCCAUCAGGCCAAGCUUUUAAAAAUAAAAUGUUCUCUAACCAGGAUUGUAACAAAAGUGUAAAUAUUACUUCAGAGUUGAAAGUUGAUGGUGCAAAUAUGUAUAUAACGUACUGUAUUUUUACAAUGAUCAUCGCAUGACUGUCCCAGCUCCCUUUUUGUACUCCUCCUCUGUCUUCCAGAAAUGUCACCUGCCCUUUCUCCUGUGGUCUCUUAAUCCAAUAAUUGUAUUACUGCCAUUAAAGGAUGCAGUUAUUUUAAAAA